GGUCACCUGACAUGUCAAUGUACAGGCGUUCUCCGUCAGUAGGCGCCGGGGCGGCUACACAGUUCACGGUGCAUUCAACUGGCUAAAUGUGGCCUUCCCAACUUAGCUCUGUCCACUUCGGUCCUGCUGCGUCUUUCUGACUUCGAGAGGAAAUAUACAAGGGUACCUCAUGGUUUACGGGUGACGGUCGCAUAGGGACACGCAGUGACGAUCAUGUACCACUCUUCCGCGUAGUAGAUCACACCACACCAAAUCCGCUCUACACCAUGGGAUUCAGCUUGCUGAUAAAUAUAGCCUUGCUUCUGACAAGGAAUAGCAGGGAAGAAGCCCCCCGAGACGUCGAGAAACAGGACCUUCCACCAGCUCGAGAUCGUAGGCCAGCCGAGGCGUCGUCGGACGAUGAAGCAAGCCAUCACACUCCGCAUUCGACCUCAAGCUCUCGUCCAUUACGAAACACUGAGGAUCAUAGCAACGUCCCUUCGAUUACGGGCUCAAAGCUGGACCCCAGUCGUACCUUGACUUGGUCCAGCUCGUCGGACCCACUGAAGCCGACUUUGCUUUCUCGUGCGAGGACUCUCUUCUUCCCCAAAGCGAAGCCUGGAGAGACGGAACGCUAUGUUCCCCAAUAUCGAUACUCACCUAUCAUCUCUGGCAUCAUCAUACCGUUUUCUAUCCUGCUCGAGAUACCUGGUCUCACCGAGCGUUGGUACAUCCGGACAGAGGCCAAUCAGACGGUGGACGUUCGAAAAAAUCCUCCGCUUUUAGACGUGGGCCUGGCUCUCUCAAUGGCAUGCGCUGUCUUCGCGAACAUCUGUCUCAUACUGAGGUUCGCAGAGAAGCGGAUCAGAGCUACCACCCUCUGUUGUAUCUUGUUCCUAACAAUCCACGACGCUAUUAACAUUGCCGUUGUGACUGCGUUCGGCGUCAUCCACCGAGUCGAUGACGGCUUCACGUACGGACAGUCGUUCUGGAUGACGCUGUGCUCGACCAUAGUCUCCACUAUCACGAAUCUGAGUCUCAUCGCCGACUAUGUUCGCACCAAAGAUUUCGCCAGCAGCGGCAGCGGCUUGACACGCAAGCAACGAUCGCUAGUCAUUCUGGUUAUCAUCCUCCUAAUGUACAUCGCUCUUGGGGCGUUGAUCAACUCGGUUAUGAUCUCGCUCUCCUACAUCAACGGCCUCUAUUUUACCGUCGUCUCCAUCGAGACCAUCGGCUUUGGUGACAUCCUUCCCCGCAAUACAGGCAGCCGUGUCUGGGUAUGUGUCUACAACGUAUUUGGGAUUGUCAUCCUCGGAAUCGUCAUCUCGCUCUGCCGCGACACCGUCCUGGAGGGGCUCGAAAUCGGGUACCGCAAGCGUCUCCGCGAGGUGCGUGCACGCCGGCGGGAGGCACGGCGGUUCCGGCGCUGGCAGACGCGCUGGCGCCGCGCGAUCGAGUGGCGCCUCCGCCAACAGGGAAGCCCCGUGUGGGUGUUGGACGCGCAGUGGCGCGAGGAGCAGGGCGUACGCUUUGUUGGGCUCGGCGGGGGCAUGGCGGGGGCAGGCGAGGAGUCGUGGGUGAUACGCCUCCUCAAGUUCCCGAGGCUGCGUAGCCCGCCGGAGGACCCCGCCGAUCGCGAGACGAAGCACGUCGUGGGCCACCCGUUCGGGAAGCACAUGAACAUCAACGCGCUGUCGGACGAGCAGCUGCACGCCGCGGCGCUCGAGGCGGGCGUGCCGCUGAAUAUGUUCGUGGACUUCAGUCCCGCGCACAGGGUCGUGCAUGGCGAAUCGAUCGGCGCUUUGGCGAGCGACGGGUGGCCCACGCACGUCGGCACUCCGACGGACGCGCAACUCGGGCGGAUGGCUUCGAUGCUCACGAAGAUGGCUUUGGUCAUAAGCGGGCGCGAGAUACACGUGCCGGGGCCCUCAGUUCAGCACCGCGAGGAGGUCAUCAAUACAAUCGUCGAGGCCCAGGAUGACGAACACGAGGCAGCUCAGGAGCAGAGAGAGACGAUGCGAGCCAACAGCCGUCGCAGGGCCAAGGAACGGUCCGGUUCUUCGCCUGGCAAGUACAUUGCGGCGCCGAAGUGGCUGAGGCAAUACGCGGCGGACGCUCUUCCGACAAAGCCCUAUGCGAAGUUCAAGAAAGAGAUGGCAGACGAGGAGAGAAAUGCGAAUUUCGUCAAGCUCAUUAUAGCGUGGACUUUCUUUUUCGUAUUCUGGUUUGUCGGCUCCGCUGUAUUCAGUGCAACCGAGGGGUGGUCGUAUGGGAUCGCCAUGUACUUCUGCUUCAUUUGCUUCUUGACGACAGGUUAUGGUGAUUAUGCACCAGCCACUCCAGCUGGUCGUUCUACCUUCGUCGUCUGGGCUCUGUUUGGCGUUGCGACCAUGACCAUUCUUGUUGCCGUCAUCGAAGACGCAUGCUCUGCCAAGUAUCAAAGCGCGAUGCACUCGCAGGUGUUUGAAAUUGCCGUACGCAAGUAUCGCAAGAGCACUGCGGACGAAGCCAUCGAGGUUCCCCACGCAGAGUACCAGCUACAACGUACAGGGGCCGAUCGCAUGCGCAAUGUCAAUGCCAUCCGUAAAGGCGAAGUUUCCGUGGAGCCGGAGGAGCAGUCCAUGACAACCGUCCAGGCGCAACUGGAAGAGGCACACCAGAAAGCGCACAAAGAGCUAGAGGCGCUGCCACACGAAAUCAUACAGCAGGCGCAGACGUUCCAUGACUAUAUGCAGUUCUUCGCUAAGGGCGGUGGCCAUGAUCAAGAAGACCACGACGCGAGGAACGUGCCAAGGGCGCUGAGAGAGCUCUUGGACGAGAUCGUGACCAAUGAAGACGUCGAUGAGAGAGUCAAGCAGGAGAUUCUGGCAGACGACGACGCCAAACAUACGCUCUUCAUCUUGAGUAUAGAGCGCGCAUUGAAGACGAUGAUACAUUCCGCCGACAGCGCUUUGCAGGCCAUCGCGGAUCGUGACACGCUCGUAGCCAUACAGACUGAGCAGCGUGUCAAAGCUCCGGGCGGCAGCCAGGAACAUGAAGCCGAGGUAGCAGAGCAUAUAGGUGAAGACUCAACAGCCGAGGAUAGUCAGAACUCUCCGAGCAGCCCGAGUUCUUCGACACACGACUCCACAGCUGCCUCUCGCCAGGAACGCCAGGAAGAGCCCUCGACAACCUCAUCUCCAUCAUCAACCCCCUCAGACUCUGGUCCUCGCUCAUCUGACACAUCACCUGGUGGCAAACCUAUGAACGACAACCGCCGUUCCGGACAAAGAAUUGUUGCGAUUGAUUUUGCUCACGCAUCGUCAUGAUGAUUCACGACUUAGUUACGCUCACACACCCACUCAUCAUAUCCACAGCACUGUAUCUGCUACUAGCAUCUCAAGCUUGAUACCACGUCGGACUCAUCUCUCGCAUUGACCCACAACAAUUGUACCAUCUUAUACGCAGACGCCAAUCAUGACAUACAUAUUCACGACCGGUACCGGUGGUACCUCU